GUAGUUUACUGAUGCUCUCACUUGUUCCUGCUGUUCUCUGCACCUUUCACACAAGGAACUCCACAGAAAGCUGUAACAGAGAACCAUUCCAAAGGCCAAACUACUAUGUCAUUUAUAUUCAUGGCUAUGCAUUAUUGCGUCUAUGCCCACCUGAAAGAUAUUACAUACCAGAGCUCUGUCGGUGCGUGCCACUGCGAGUCCCAGAUUCAGCCCCGUCUGGUAACCCCCUAGCUGACAUUAAACCAGAUCGACGGUCUCCCACAACAUUCCUCCCCGUUACCAUCGAGGAAAGACCGCGUUCGACUCCUCUAAUCACAACAGUCAACCCCCUGGUCACAAAUUCAUUCGACUUGUUUGGAGGGGGAUUUAAUCCUCAGGACACCAACACAAAGUCUUCAAAAAACGAGAAUAGAAAAACGAGUCGUCGUCUUCUGCAACACGAGUUUAAAAAUAUAAGUUUUUCAAAUCCAACCACUGGGUCUUCUAGAUCUACAAAAUCAUCACUUACGUUUUCUUUUAAGUCUGCCAAGGCAAACACUAAGAAGGAAAGACAAGCACAAUCUUCAACAUUCAAGAAAAAUAAAGGGGUUACCAAAAUCCAACACACCAGAAAGCCUUCAGAGAUAAAACAGAUUCAUAUUACAGAUCUCCAUGAUAAAAUAAAUGAUAAGCUCUGCAGUCCUUACUUUACGUUCGUGUUUGAUAAAACCUUUCUUUCCGUGGAUAAAAGUAUGCCUUCCUUCCCAACCAACACCAUUCGAUUUCUCAGAGAACCCGGAAGUACGGGUCAAACUUCCGCCUACUUGGAUGGGGACGGGAUAAUUACAGUAUGGGGUAUGAGUUAUAUCACAUUUGCCGCCAUGUUCAAAUUUUUGGUACGUUUCAAGCUCUCCGAUAACCACCCGUAUGAAGACAAGUUCUACAGUCUGAUUUCGGACGGACCCUGCAAAGACAGUACACCACAAUACAGCAUAUCUGUUAAUCCGGUGCGACGAGAAAUCCACUCCUUUAUGGCAUUGAGAAAAGACGAUGCAAUGGAUAUUCUUCUAACUAAUGUGGAUUUGAGCAACUGGAUAACAGUUUCGUUACAAGCUGAAGGUGGUGGAAUUGUAUUGUUCACGGAUAAAAGACAAACCAUUGGCGAUUUGGGAGCUUCUGCAUUUAAAUCAUCUUCUUGUCCAAUGGAAAUCGGGAAAAAGUAUCAGCCGUACGAGGGUUUUGUGGGAUACAUAGACAAGGUUCAGUUCCACAACUGUUUUUGAGUAGUUUUCGUCCUCGUUUGACUAAAAUAGGUCAAAUCAAAGUUUAAAGAAUACAGAAAACAGAAUUAUACAGAA